UCAAGCGUCAUGGUUGAAUUUUAGUGUUGUAAAUUAUAAAUUCUUAAACUUUACUUAUGGUAGUGCACUCUAAUAUUAGGGCGGAUGUGAUCAUACUAGGAUGUAGUCUUCCUGGUAUAGUUGCCGCUCAUAAACUGAAGAAGACAUUUGGAAAGUCGAUGGAUAUCGUAGUCUUAGAUAUGUCGACAGUUCGCAAGGAUAUCUCGAAAGGUAAUGUAGCCUUUCAGGUAGAUGAUGACGAAUCAGAAGAUGAUGGUCCCGAAGAACCCGAAUCGGUGAGUAAAUUUGUCGACAACAUAGCAAGAGACUACCUACUCAGGUUUACUAAAGAAUUCGGUUUACCCCUACCCGACGCUAUAGCCAAUCCUAAAUUAGUGAGAUCACCGCUAAACAAACUCUUUCAAUAUCGUGACGGAAGCACGGUUCAGUGCACUACUGACUACCAUAAUUUCGAUUACCUAAAUGUGGUAGAGAGAUUUGAGUUGAAUCAAUAUCAGGACCUACUCGACCAGAAUGCGAGAGAUUUGUUUCAACCAAGACGAGUCAACAGGGAUGUGGAGCGAAGAAAUUUAUUGUACUUCGAUAAAACUACGAUGGAAAGUCAUCUCUGCGGUGCUCUGUUGUUCUCGAAUUCGAGAGCAGUGAUGAGGAUGUUGGUUCAACUAGUCUGUGGGGCCUCCUCGUACUCCGUGUCUGUCCUUUUUUACUUACACCAGUGCUACAGGACUUCAAGCAUGAGGAACCAUUUAGACGGAGCCAACACGAGGUUUCGCGAAAAGCUAUUCGGAUACUGUAGGAGACAUUUCUCCCAUAAAUUGCAAAAAAGCGUAGCAGACAUUACGGUGAUAGCGAAACCCAUUCAGAAAAUUCGAUCUUAUUCCAAUGAACAGGUUAUUUUGGAAACCAUUAAGGGAGAAACCAACUACAUUUGCAAUUUAUUAGCAAUGGCUCUGAGGCCUGAUGAGUUGCUGAAGAUAGCGGUUGAGGAGCAGUUUAUGUCAAACAGAGAAGCUGCAGUUGUUGGUGCGAUGCUACCUGGAAGAGUGAUCAAAUUCAGAAUUCAGUAUGAAAGGAACUUCUGGCAGAGUCAAGGAUACAGCGGCGAUAUACUUAGUAUUCGCGGUCCCAUCGUUUGGGCUAUGGAGCGUCCACUCUUGUCAACCACGGGUGCGGAAACCAACGCAGGCUUAGUUGGGGUUCUGAUAGUUAGAGACGGCGUAAGCAACUCCAAGGAUGCUGUAUUGGAACAGCUUACGAAUUUAUUUGGAGAAGAAGCCGCAAAGCCCCUUGUUUACAAAGAGAAAAACAUUUCUGAUAUUUUCGUACCGCGCUGCGGGGACUACGUGGUUCUUCGCAACUUAACAUCAUCUAUAAAACCUAACAGCGUAGUGGAGUGGGGGGCCCUGGACGUGUUUGGGGAGGGCGACGUGGCAGCCGCUUUAGAAGCAGGACAUAAUGCCUACUUGCAUCUCUUGAGAUGCUUGCGGCCACAAGCGACAACAUUUGAAGACUUGGAACUGACCAGCUCACCAACGAUACUUGAUGAAGGUCCUCUUACCCGCUCGAUCCCGCGAUUCAACUAUAUUAAUACGAUAAAGAUGGUUGUAUGUACCACAGCACUGAUCAUAGGUAUGAAACUAAUACGAUCUUAUAUGCAGAAAUGAGAAACGUGUCCCGAAGGUGUUUGCGUUUGUUGGAGUAAAAAUAUUGAUAAAUUAGUCCGUGAUUUUUAUACAAGUGUCAUGUUGUUGUUUUUAUUUGUUUUGUUAUUAUUGUUUAGAUUUUUAGAU